AAAUUAUAACCGGAUUCAAUUACACACCAUUAAUUGUUUUCGUCACUAAAUAUAUCUCUUAAAAGAGAUGGGCUCAUUGAAUUGUUAUUGCCUACCUAUCAUCAUCAUAGAACUUAAUAAGCACUAAAUGAAUUCAUACGUCAUACAUAACAGAGAGCCACACUUUUGGAUUACUGUUGCUCUCUCACGUAAUUAGAUUGUAAAUCCAAUUUAUCCGCCUCGUUAAACAAAGAGUUGUUAUGGAACAAGUGGAAGUAGAAGUCCGGAGAGAACCUGUUCUUCUUUUGUUUUCUUUUGCUUGGUGGAAUGUAAAAAAAGGGCAGUCUGAUUAAGAAGUAAAGCAAGCAAGUUGUUCGCACAUGGUUUUUUUUUUUAAGUCAUCAUCAUCAUCGCUUUGAUCGAACCAACGAAAAACCAAAAACAACACCUCUCGGGAACCAUCAACAGCAGCAGCAGCACAAUAAUUACAACGAUAUUAAACGAAGAAUUCGCAACAUUGGUGUCAGAUGUGGGGUACGUCCGGACUCCUGUAGAAGCCCUUACCAUGCCUAAAAGAUCCAGUAAUUCUUCUUUUCUAAACUCCAUAACUAGAACGGUUCAACAAACGAUCGAUGAAGUGAUGGAAAGCCAACGACAGAGAGAUGAAGAGCUUAUGAGAAAUAUUCGAUGCCUGGAGAGUACGAUGGCCGCGAGACUCGAUGAAAUGGGACAGAGGAGACCCCCUACUGCCCUGGAUUCUGCGUAUAUGACCCAAGGAGUAUUCCCCAACCCUUCUCCAUCCCACUCCGAAUCACGGCCAUCCUCCCGUAUCAGUCAUAGUUCACGUGGCUCCAUUUCGCCUGCUUCCCAGAUCUUAUCACACCAUGGCAUAACUGCGAAUGCUGGAACAGAUCAGCCUAUUGCACACCAGUCACCUAGCGCGGCCUGGCAUACUGAUGCAUGUCAUAACGUUCCUAGGGUAGAGAACGUUGUACCCAUUGCGAACGGCCAUCAAAUUAAUUUUUCGACAGUUAAUUGUGAUCGUCCGAUCUGGAACGGUCAUAGUUAUCUCCCACCAAAUCAAUCAAUUAAUCCAGUCAUGAACAAUCCGGGUUUACACGAGAUCGGCAAUCACGUGCCCGCUGCCACAGGUAAUUUAUUUCACCAUAGUUAUCAUCAAGUUCCUCAUCCAGGGGCAACAAGGUUCGAAGAAAAUUGUAAUUCUACCACAAACUUUCCCCGUUUUGACCAAUUUUUUUUGGGGGAAUCCUUGCCCAACGGAUUAAAUAUGGCACCUCCCCUUCAUUUUAAUUAUCAACCAAACAUCUGUCGGGAACCUUCCAUGGCACGACCGUUGUUGAACAACCAUAUUACUUCCCAUAACCUUCCUAACAAACCAGCUUUUAAACCCCAUUAUAUAUCGACCUAUGACGGCACAACUUCGUGGAGUGACUAUGAGCGCCAAGUGGAAGAUGCCGCUAUUUUUUAUCAGUGGUCAGCAGCAGAGACACUUAUAGCCGUUACGUCCAACUUAAGAGGACGCGCUUUAAGUUUGUAUGGCACCAUUCCUCGCCAACCUCCCCCUACGUAUGAACAGGUACGGCAGGUUAUGCGAGACCGCUUUUCUUUGGACGCCCAGGCAAGCUACCGUCAUUUCCGUAAAUGCGUUCAGUCUCCAAAAGAAUCAAUCCAGGAUUACGCAACUGAACUGGAAAGAUUGUCUACGAAUGCAUUUAGGGGGGCGCCUAAUGAAGUCGUAACCCAAAUAGUUAUGCAUCAGUUCAUCGAUGGCUUGUAUGACACACACCUUCAGAGUUUGGUUAUGGCUAGCCGUCCUAGUUCUAUAACAGAUGCUAUGCGCACCGCCAUGGAUCUUCAGGCGCAAGACACCAGAACUAAACCUCGAAAUGUCUACAACGUGGAAGUAGACUCCGAAGGGUUGGAUCGACGUAAUAACAAGCCGAGAAAUCAUAGAAGCAAAAAUAAGUCGGGAAACGAGCCGACAUCGACUUGAAGGAGCCCAAGUCGAUGGAUAACACUGAGGCUCCCAACGACAAUAAUAAGGAAUCGGUCAAUUGCCAAGCGACGUUUAACACCGGUGCGGAUAAUUGCCAUGAACCAGGAAGUUUACCGGAUGCAGACAAUAAACUUUAUAGCGUGCCUGACGGUGAGGUAUUGCUCAACAUUGGUGCCUGGGGAGACCAAAGCUUACAUUGCAUAGCUCUUGUGGAAAAUCAACCUUUAGAGUUUAUAGUUGACACUGGUGCUUCGGCUUCACUUGUUAAUUUGCGGUUCGUUCCUUCAACCGCUACCAAACGUCCUUGUAGUGUGUUGCUACGAGGUCCCGGUGGCGAGACGUUUAAAGCUGAGUUUGUAGCAACACUCAAAUUCCAGCUUGGUAAUAUUCCGCUAUGUCAUGAGUUUUUAAUAGUCAAAGGAACGACUCCUUCGCUGCUGGGUGUAGACUUUUUGCGGAAGCAAAAAGCCGUAGUUAAUCUUGGAGAACUACGCCUUGAAAUGAAUAGUGUUUGUGUGCCAUUACACCUUCCUGAGCAUAUGUCUAAUAAUUUGGUAUAUUUUCUAGAAAACAUUACAUUACCCGCACGCUCCGAUGUUUGCAUUUCUACAAAAUGUGCUUUUAAAGAAAGUGUCCCUGAAUCACUGCUAGAGACAUGCGAUGAAUCUAGUCUACCCCGUGGCGUACUUUUGGGAAGAACACUGGUUAACGCUGCCACCGAAACGCUGCCGGUAAGACUAAUUAACCUGACAGAGGAGGAAGUAAAAAUAACCCCUAUGACAGCGGUGGGAAAACUCGAAGAGGUGCAUGUUUUAGAUCCGAGCAAUUCUUGUGAAACAACACCUGUCGAUAAUUUCAAUAUUUCUUCCGAGAUUAGUAAAAAAGACCGCAACUCGUUCGACGAUAUGGUUAUUCAAUUCCAUGACGUAUUUUCGACGGGGCCAUUGGACUUUGGCAGAACCACCCUUACUUAUCACCACAUA